AUGACUGAAAAUGAUAUAUCCAGUCUAGAUGAACUGGUCAAAAAUAAGGAAUUGGUAAUUCUUCAUGCCGAUAAAGGUGGGGCAGUGGUGGUUAUGGAUUGGAAUUGUUAUGAUAAUGAGGCUCAUCGACAAUUGGGCGAUGCCCGUUAUUAUAACAAAAUGCCUCUGGAUCCCACACCAGUUUUUAGUGCACAAAUUCGUGAUUUUCUAGAUUCUGCUGUUGAUAAUGGGAUCAUUACCUCUCAAACAUUAAAACACCUAACCAUCACUGACCCUGCCAGGCAAUCUAUUUAUUUCCUGCCGAAGAUACAUAAAGAUCUUUUACAUCCACCGGGCAGGCCAAUAGUGUCGGAUUUACAGAAGUCAAAACAACUGGAACAAGCAAACCUUUUACUAAAUUCCAGUGUUUACUUAGAGACACAGUUUGCUCAAGCAGAAAUGAAAGCUGCUAACCUGUCAAGGGAUCGAACAUACCUUCAAAUGCAACUUAAGCAAGCAGAAAUGACAAUCAAUGACUUAACACAGAAGCAGUCAGAUCUUCAAGUACAGCUCCAGACAGCACAACAGGAUAUCACACAACUCAACAGCAAAUUGCAGGGUAAGUGUUGCCCUGUGGGAUGGGAAUCUCUUAGCCCCAACUGUUACUAUUUUGCAACAAGUUCUGAAAAUUGGUUUAAUGCCCAAACCCGUUGUAAAGAUUUAUCAUCAGAUUUAGUGGUGAUCAAAGGUGCAGAGGAACAGGAAUUCAUAAAAAAUAGAAAAAAACGCGGCUGGGCUUAUUGGAUUGGACUAACAGACACUGAAGUGGAAAAUACAUGGAAAUGGGUAGACGGGUCUCUUUGUAGCUCCUCCAGUGAUGGAACAGUGUAA